GUCAACCGCACAACAACAAAAUCAAUGUUUGUUGUUUUCUCCGCUCGCAGCAAAACGCACUCCGUUUUCCAACCAUUAUCGAGCAAAACCAGCCGUGCAGGAUGAAAGUGACGAAGGAAAAUCUUUCCGACAUUCGGGAAGAUUACGAAAAAGCACACCGCUACAUCGACGAGGAAAGCAAGAAUGACCCACCGACGGAACCGUUCCGUUCGCACUACACCGCCCGCGACCUGCUGAACAGUGCGCUGCGAAAGGUGAAAACGCUCUCGGAAGCACUGGACCAGGACAGUGAAGUGGCCACAACCGUACGCUGUAUACACGCCAACAUUCUGAAAGACAUUGGCAAGAUAACGAUCUUCGUGGAGGAACCACGGGGUGAAGUACUCCUCAAGGAGGCGCUCGAGUUGAUCGAGAAGGACAGCGGCAAGGAACCGACCAUCAAUGUGCACAUUGAAAUACUCAACCAGCUCGGCAUCAUGGCCUGCAAUCUGUCCAACUUUGCCGAAUCGAAGCAGUACCUCGACCAGGCGAAGGACAUCUACUGCGAAACGAAGGAGCUGGACCGGCAACCGCUCACGAUGGCCGAUCUGUUCGGCACGAAGGAAGAGGUGGAGAAGGGCAAGGGGCUGAAGCUGCUCGAAUCGAACCACACGCUCACGCUGUACUAUCUGGCGCAGGUGUUUGGCUUUCUGGACAAUUUGGCCGACUCGGCCCGAUACUGCCACAUGACGCUGCGCCGCCAGCUCGAGUACAAUGAGUUCGAGCACGUGGAUUGGGCGCUGAACGCCGCCACCCUGUCUCAGUUUUACUUUCCCAAGAAUCAUCUCUCCCAGGCACGGCAUCUGCUUGCGGCCAGCACGUUUAUGCUGAAUCGCUACGAGACGGAGGUGGUCGAGAAGAUAACCAAUGCGGCAGAGCGGGCGGAAAAGGAAGAAACACUCCGAUACCGUAUGGCGGACGUGGGCCGCUGUUGGGCCAAGUAUGGGCUGCACAUUCUGUGCGCCUCGAAGGAACGGCUGAGCGCGGACGACGAACCGAACGAACACGGGGAGAUAGCUGCGCCGCUAACGCCGGUCAAAAAGAUGGACCGCUUCGUUGGGCUCGAUCUGGCCGCGUACGAGGGCCAGGUGACGGACGAGUUCUGCCUCACGUUUGACGACGCGAAGCUGGUGAUGCUGAACUCGCUGUCCUGGCUGAACAAAGCGAAGGAGUACUACACGAAGGAAACGGAAGCGUCACAGUAUGCGAAGAUUCUGCAGGACGUUGCGUCGCUGUACAAGCAUUUGGCGUUCUUCGAGGAGGAUGAUGGCAAUCAGUGCAAGCUGUUUAAGCGCGGUGCGGACCAGCUGGAGGAGAUAGUGGAAAUUUUGAACGCAACCUACUACCAAACCAUUUGCAGAGAGGCUUGGUACGAGCUGGGACUGACCUACUCCAAUAUGCUGAACGUGAAGCUCUCCCAGCUCGACGAAAUGCAGGAUCGGCCAACACCGCACGCGCUCAACAAAAUCAACCAUCUGAGCGAGAAGAGCAUUCGGAACUUUAAAAAGUUCAUCGAAUCGUACAAAAUCGAGCUGGACACGCUGGAGCUGCCGGAAACGAUUGACGCGGACGAGAUGCAACCGAUACUGUACGCGUUCUUUCACAUCGGGCGCCUGUACUACCGCAUCAUCACGCCGGACAAGCGGCUGAAGCUGCAAAACACCGAAAACAGCCUGUUCUACUACAGCCGGUUCGUGGAGUGCUGCCAGGACGAGCGGAUGCGGCCACUGUUUGCGCAGGAGCUGGGCGUUUGCAAGGAGAUGAUCAGCCUGCUGCCGCUGAAGGUGGAAAAGCUUAAGAACGAAAUGGCGGAAGGCUAGAUAUAUGUAGAGUGAGAGGGAAAGACAUUCACAUUUUACUAACUAACCGAUUAAUCCUAGUCGCUAGUGCUUCAGGCCUGCAUAGGUUUGUGAUUGUGGGCUGCACGAGCUCUUUCGAAAAGAAGCCCUCAUACGUACUCAUUCAAUGAAUCAUUUCUUGUGGCUCCCCAGUAAAGGGGGAGUGCACAGUGCGUGAUAUACGCUUAAAUUGUAGGCUUGUUUAGGAACAAGGGAUAGAACGAGAACCAUGCCCAUAUAGAAACCAGCUCGCAAUCCAAAUUGCUUUGACACUGGGAACCAUUUAAGCUGUAAUCACAUUCAGAAAAAGCUGUACCAAUGCGCUCCGUUCUGUUCGCGUAAAUAUACACAUUGACGCAAUGCAAA